CUGACGGCCGUCACGUCGCCUCCUCAUCCCCUUCUCCAUCUCGACGCCACCGAAGCCCUGCCCAGCUGAGUCGAGCCAAACCGAACACCACCACCUCACAGGAGGAGAUCAUUUCGCCAGCCAGCUCAUCGCCACCGCCCCUCCGCUCCCGCGUCUCCUCCUCCACCUCCUCGUCCUCGUCGUCUGGUCCCGCCUCUCGCCGCACCGCCUGAAACCCCGCAGGGUGGAUCGAGCCUGCCGUCGACCCGUCUCAGGCAUAAAGGCAGGGAGAAGUCAAAGGAGAGGUCGUUAUGCGCCGAUGGUUUUGCUGCACUCAAUUUCACGCAUCAUAUCGUGAACAUGAAAAUGAACUUCCCUUCAGUCCGGAUGAGAAAGAAGGAAAUGGUUUUGCUCACAAAAGUGAUCUCACAAAAGCAGCUCCUCCUAUUGAAGUUCCUGAAUUAUCAUUUGAAGAACUGAAAGAAAAGACUGACAAUUUCGGAUCAAAGGCUUUGAUUGGUGAAGGAUCAUAUGGAAGAGUGUAUUACGCUAUUCUAGACAGUGGAAAACAUGUUGCUGUUAAAAAACUUGAUGCUUCGACAAACCCUGAACUUGAUAAUGAGUUUUUGACGCAGGUAUCCCUUGCCUCAAAAUUAAAACAUGAUAAUUUUGUGGAAAUGCUUGGAUAUUGUGUGGAAGGAAAUCAGCAUUUAGUGGCCUACGAAUUUGCUACAAUGGGUUCUCUACAUGAUAUUUUACAUGGGAGAAAGGGUGUUCCAGGUGCACAGCCUGGCCCAGCACUUGACUGGAUGCAGCGGGUUAAGAUUGCUAUAGAUGCUGCUAAAGGGCUAGAGUAUCUUCAUGAGAAGGUCCAGCCUUCGAUAGUCCAUCGGGACAUACGAUCUAGCAAUGUUCUUCUGUUUGAGGACUACAAAGCGAAAAUUGCAGAUUUUAAUCUUUCAAAUCAGUCCCCAGACAUGGCUGCUCGUUUGCAUUCUACUCGUGUCCUUGGAACCUUCGGCUAUCAUGCUCCAGAGUAUGCCAUGACUGGCCAGCUAACUCAGAAAAGUGAUGUAUAUAGCUUUGGAGUUGUUCUUUUAGAGCUUCUAACAGGAAGGAAACCGGUAGAUCAUACAAUGCCUAGAGGUCAGCAGAGUCUGGUUACAUGGGCAACACCUCGAUUAACUGAGGACAUGGUGAAACAAUGUGUUGAUCCAAGAUUAAAGGGAGAGUAUCCUCCAAAGGGAGUUGCCAAGCUUGCAGCGGUGGCGGCACUCUGUGUGCAAUACGAAUCUGAGUUUAGACCCAGCAUGAGCAUUGUAGUCAAGGCACUCUCUCCCCUUCUUCAACAUAAACCGCAACCGCCACCGGCUGUUGCUCCUGAUACAACACGACCUUCAGAUGCCUGACUUACUCAGUUCAACAUGAAUGUAAAGAGAUAACAUUUCCUCAUCGGUGCGUUUGUCGUAUUACAUUACCAUCGUGUGCUUGUCAAGUGAUUAGUGUCACAUAAGUAAUGACAUUGUAGACUAAUGCAUAUAUUUACCUUUACAUAGGUUGCUACAACAGGAGGCUUUCCCUUGUCUUUCAUUCCUUCUACUGAGUGCUAUGUUGAGUGUUGUGCUGCCUUUGUUGGCCGGGCGAGUUGUGCUUGGUUGGCCACCGGCCGUGAUCACCUAAUAAUCGUGUUCUGGGUCUAUACUGUAACAUGGGAAGGUUCUAAUUUUUCAUGGCUUUAUUCUUUUUUGUUU